AAGACUGAGACUUCUGUGGACGGGAAUAAAUACCACGAGUAAUCUCCCACCUUUAGCCGCCAAUGAACAUGCAGCCAUCUCAUCCUUUCAGAAUCCAGCUACUGAAGCCCACACCACAAACCUCUAUUUGUACAAAUUUUUAGCCUUUCUUCUGCUACAUUGUUACCAGAAAUGCCAUCCAUUUUAGGCUAAUACAACUCCUCUUGUCCGAAGAAAUCAGGUCUAAAAUGGGCAACUCCUUAUGAGUAAAUCACUGUUUUUUGCUAGAGAAUUGAUGAGAGAGCUGAGCUUCUAAAACCAUUAUUGCUCAGUUAAUAAGCUUUUUGCCUAAAAUUUGAAGGAGGGUCUUAAGGAAACAAAAAAGGUGCUCAGGAGUGAAGAUAGGCAUGCGGGCAUUGAUGUCUUUCUGCUUCAUCCAGAAAACCUCAUCGACUAAUUAACUCCAUCUAAAAAAUCUCUCUGUGCUGAUUUGGCCUUACCAUGAUGGAGACAUGAUCCCAAUAAAGAUCCUUCCUUCUUUACCAGGGUGAAGCUUGAUCAGGACGAAACUGCACCCACCAGUAUUGCGGAUAUAUGUCCUCAAAAAAUAAAGAGCUUCUGUCCACUUCCAUGAAGAGAACCAGUGGAUGGAUUUUCUCCCAGGAAAUCCCCAGCGAUGUGACUGUUCUUGCUGGAGGAGCUUCCUUUUCAUUGCAUAAGUUUCCAUUAGUCUCAAAGUGUGGAUACAUAAGGAAACUGGUAUCAGAAUCUAAUGAUGCUGAUCUUCCUGAGAUUCAAAUCCUGGAUAUCCCUGGCGGGGCAGAAGCAUUUGAACUUGCAGCCAAGUUCUGCUAUGGAAUCAAUUUCGAAAUAAGUAAAGAAAACAUUGUCUUGCUUAGAUGUGUCGCCGAGUAUCUAGAGAUGACUGAGGAUUAUGCAGUUGGAAACUUGGUGGCAAGAACUGAAGCCUACUUGAGCGAAGUGGCACUCAAGAGUCUCGCUGGGGCGGUUUCUGUCUUACACCUAUCAGAAAACCUCCUUCCAUUGGCGGAGAAAUUAAAUUUGGUGAGUCGAUGCAUAGAUGCAAUAGCAUUCAUGGCCUGCAGGGAAAGCCAGAGCCAGUUUUCUAUGUCAGGUAGGUCUAAUAGCGGCAAUGAAGGCGUGCUUUCUUCCAAGGCGUCUCAGCCAAAGCCUAUUGUUGAUUGGUGGGCUGAAGAUUUAACUAUUCUUAGGAUUGAUAUCUUCCGAAGAGUCUUGAUUGCAAUGAUGGCUGGAGGGUUUAAACAAUAUGCUCUGGGUCCCAUACUUAUGCUCUAUGCACAGAAAUCUUUACGAGGUUUGGAAUUAUCUGGAAGGGGGAGGAAGAAAAUUGAACCACAACAAGAGCAUGAAAAGAGGGUUGUUUUAGAGACAAUCGUGAGUCUUCUUCCAAGGGAGAGAAAUGUACUGUCGGUUAGCUUUCUAUCUAUGCUGCUUCGUGCAGCAAUACAUCUCAAAACAACAGUUGCUUGCCGGCUUGAUUUGGAGAAGAGGAUGGCCUUGCAAUUAGGACAAGCCGUCUUGGAUGAUCUCUUAAUUCCUUCACACUCAUUUACUGGGGACACAUUGUUUGAUGUGGAUACAGUUCAGAGUAUCAUGAUGAAUUACCUCGACUACGAAGUGGAAGGAGACCGAUUGGGGUACCAAACAGAUGAUGAGUAUUUUUCUCCUCAGCUAAGCAACAUGGAACGAGUUGGGAAGUUGAUGGAGAACUACCUAGCUGAAAUAGCCUCUGACAGUAACUUAACUGUUUCAAGAUUCAUUGGUCUUGCUGAACUUAUUCCAGAACAAUCAAGGAUAACAGAAGAUGGAAUGUAUAGAGCCAUAGACAUCUUCCUCAAGGCUCAUCCUGCUUUACGUGACAUGGAGAGGAAGAAAGUGUGCAGUUUGAUGGAUUGUCAGAAGCUGUCUAGGGAGGCUUGUGCUCAUGCUGCUCAAAAUGACCGGCUUCCUGCUCAGACUGUGGUUCAGGUGCUAUACUAUGAGCAGCAGCGCCUUCGAGAUGUCAUGAAUGACAAUCUCAUGGGUGGUGAUUCUGCACUCCCUUCCAAGAUGAAUCUAUAUUCCACUGAUAUCCUUCCUGUUUCUGAUGAGAUUUCCAGCCUAAAGAGAGAGAAUGAAGACUUGAAAAUAGAGCUUGUGAAAAUGAAGAUGCGAUUGAAGGAAAUUGAAAAAUCUGGAAGCAGAUCAACCACAGUCAGUCCAAUGUAUAAUACUAUGCCAUCUGCUGAUAAACCUCCUUUGCCUCGAAAAUCAUUUAUAAACUCCGUGUCAAAAAAGCUUGGACGGCUUUAUCCUUUUGUGCGUGCUGAGGGUGACUCCAUUGCCAAGGCUCGGGCAAAACCCAGCAAGAAUAGGCGGCAUUCCAUAUCUUGAAACAUGUUCACCGUUGAGCUCUGCACUGUAUGGGGAGUAUAGUGUCUCGAUUAUUUUUUAUUUUUUUGGGGCUUUGUUUUUAGGACAGGCUUGAGAAGACUAGUAGCCAGCAAGCUGUCUGUUUUCAUUUUCUCCUUUUAUCUCUACUUCUGCUUCUUUUGCGUGAUAUUCUUGUAAAUAACAUUGUCAUUUUGUCUUUAUGUCAUCAAUAGUCAAAUUGAUGUUCUGAAAAAAAAAAUUGAAUGCUGCAACCAGUACGUACUGCAAUUCCUUCUGGCUGGACUGCAGAGAAACUCAGAGCCCGCAAACACUAGGACUCGAGUGAACGAAGGUCAGCAAAUUUCGUGUUUCUCCCCCUUCCAAAGCUGCUCUAUUGAAUGUGACUAGUGGUUCAGAAGCAAUGGACCUCAUUUGAUCAACACAACCCAGAAACUGUUCCCAUCUCCUAUCUUGUUAAAAACAUGUCUUUGAUAUGUUCUGAUGAUCAGAUUGCCCCUUUA